AUGAAUGCAACUGCUGAUUGUAUUCAUAAUUCCUGGGAUGAAGCUAGCAACAAUUCAAAUCUUUUUUUCUCUCCCCUCUUUUCCAGAAAUAAGGAGGUCUGUGUUGUGGAUAACAUUAAAGUUUGUAGUAAUGACGCUGGAACUGGGCAGUUCAAGUGUGUGUGCAUCACCCUGAGAGUCCCUCGCAAUCCAACCAUCGGGGACAAGUUUGCCAGCCGUCACGGACAGAAGGGCAUCUUGAGCCGGCUGUGGCCCGCCGAGGACAUGCCGUUUACAGAAAGUGGAAUGGUGCCAGACAUCCUCUUCAACCCUCAUGGCUUCCCAUCCCGAAUGACCAUUGGCAUGUUAAUUGAGAGCAUGGCAGGGAAGUCGGCAUCUCUGCAUGGGCUUUGUCACGAUGCCACCCCUUUUACAUUCUCUGAAGAGAACCCUGCUGUGGAAUACUUUGGCAAGAUGCUGAAGGCCGGAGGCUACAAUUACUACGGGACAGAGAGAAUGUACAGUGGCGUGUCAGGAGUGGAACUCGAAGCCGACAUUUUUAUUGGUGUGGUCUACUACCAGCGCCUGAGGCACAUGGUCUCAGACAAGUUCCAAGUGAGGACAACAGGAGCCAGGGAUAAAGUCACCAACCAGCCUGUUGGAGGCAGGAAUGUGCAGGGCGGCAUCCGCUUUGGAGAGAUGGAACGGGACGCUUUGCUGGCUCACGGGACGUCCUUCCUGCUGCACGACCGCCUCUUCAACUGCUCCGAUCGCUCAGUGGCCCAUGUGUGCGUCCAGUGCGGGAGCCUGCUUUCGCCUCUGUUGAAGCCUCCGCCUGUGUGGUCUACCACACGCAUCAGGCAGCACAUUUGCACAAUUUGUAAACGUAAUGAUACCGUUGAGACUGUUGCGGUCCCUUAUGUCUUCCGUUGUUUUGUGGCAGAAUUGGCUGCCAUUAAUGUCAAAGUGAAACUUGCUGUGAAUUAGUUCUGGCCACCCAAACUAUCCUUCACUCUUGGAGAGAUGGAACAAGUAUGUUUCUCCUGUGGAGGCUUUAUAAAAUAACAGGUGAUUCAUUCUGAAUAGUAAAAAUAACUGUCUUGAUCUAUUAAACAACUCUUUAGGAACAAGGUUGAGUUCAGUAGAUUCCAAGGACACAUGAUAUAAUUAAUGGAAUCACUAGGUCAGUAGUUGGGACUUUGUACGAAUGAUUGAAAGCUGACCUUUUAAAAGCACAUCUGCUUUGCCAAUUGGAGAGUGAUUAUUUUUUCAAACUGCAAGCUUUCAGUGGCCGUAAUUGAUGUUUACAACAGUGGCACCAAAGUGACAAAUUAUAGGUCAUGAGAAGACAAUCUGAAAUCUUUGCGAUAAGGCAUGCACCGUUAUACUCCGACUACAAAACAGUUGUUUAUUAUGCAUGUGAUUCCUAAGCUACAUACUAAUGUUGGAGUAGGAUAGCUUUGCUUUCAUUCUCCCAUUUGAUAGGGGCUCCUUAUUUUCUUCCAGUAGCUUCUUUGCAAGGAUCUACCAGGAGACCCAUCCUCUUUAUUCAUCUGUUGUCAUCUCUGUGAGAUCGCUCACAACAUUAUGUUCAGAAAUUAAAUUCCAACUGAAAUUUUAUUUUCUGUUAAA